AUGGGUUUACAAGGUCGCGUGUAUGCCAGCCUUUUCCGCAGAACGCUCUGUGCAUGCAGGAAACCUGAUCGACAUGCAAAUUUGGGCGCCAUAGCAGAAUACCUAAUUGAGCGCGCCGUACCAAGAAUGCUGCAGGAGUCUGUCAAAGAUGAUUUGCUUGACGAGAACAUUAGACUACGACUUUUGCCCACGACGCAUCCCUACAUCCCCACGAUUCACGGUGUCACCAAGUACAAACACUCUUUGAACGCGAUAAGACUCAUAAUCCGUAACUUUAUGCUGAACGAACGGUGCGCACUGCAUGUGACCAACAGUGAGUCCUUCCCGCGAGAACGAUUGUGCGAAGUGUACAACACGUGCACAAGCAUGGACAAGCUCGUUGUGCAUUGGCAAAGCUGCCCCGACAAUUGUCCGCAUCUGGGCGCAGACGACGUGACGUCUGAGGCCAAACUCGGACUUUUCAAAGCCGCGUCAAGCGACAUUUUACUCUCAGAUAGCCAGCGCAAGGAGAUUUUAAAGUACAUAAACCAUCCGGGCCAGCAAUUGUCGCAGAACUUUUUGGUCACAAAUGCCAGUUCUGCACAUGAGGCCCAAUUACCCAUUUCGAGGGUAUUGAGUGGAAUUUUCAUCUUUGAAUUCGAUGAGCGAAACGAGCGCAUUGUCGCACACACUAUCGACAACGUCGAGGUGGCAGAUCAGGAAAAACGAAUAGAGACGUCCACACCACUGGCUUGGUGA